UUUAUAAUAAUUACUAUUAAGUGCUGCAGCCUAAAUAAAUCCACAGAAAUGUUGCUAUGUAUAUUGUUAAAUAUUGUUUCCAUAUUACUGUAGUGUUUCUGCUGGUGACUUGACUCUUCCAGGCAGAGAUAGCCUUGUAUAACUGAGGCUUUGCCUGGAUUACUGAUAUUGCACACUGAUAGGUCUGUGCUGGUAUGUUAACACUGUCUUCAUGUGGAUUUUAUGGGGGUACUGUGGAUGUAUAAUCUGCACAGUCUUAAUGAUACUUAUAUAUUACCUAUCCUGCUUUCCAUUGAUCUCCAGGCUAUCCGGUGCACUCUCGUGAACUGUAGUUGUCAGUGUUUCAAACCUGGGAAAAUAAAUCAGCGACAAUGUGACCAAUGCCGGCACGGAUGGGUAGCACAUGCCCUGAGCAAACUAAGAAUUCCAAACCUCUACCCAUCAAGCCAAGUAGAAAUAGUUCAAUCCAAUGUUGUCUUUGAUAUCAGUAGUCUCAUGUUGUACGGAACCCAAGCCAUUCCUGUGCGCCUUAAAAUUCUGCUCGAUCGGCUUUUCAGUGUUCUGAAGCAGGAAGAGGUGAUACAGAUUCUCCAUGCUCUGGAUUGGACACUGCAGGAUUAUAUACGUGGAUAUGUGCUACAGGAUGCUUCAGGAAAGGUGCUGGAUCACUGGAGCAUAAUGACCACUGAAGAAGAACUGGCUACUUUGCAGCAGUUUCUUCGCUUUGGAGAAACUAAGUCCAUUGUAGAGUUAAUGGCAAUUCAAGAGAAAGAAGGGCAGUCGAUCAUAAUACCACCACCAACUGCCAAUUUGGAUAUUAGGGCAUUCAUUGAGAGCUGCAACCCACACAGUCCUAACUUUUCUGCUUCCUUGGACAAAAUGAGUCCCACCAACAUUCAUCCCUUUGAGAAUAUUGUAAAUAGCAUGGCUUUCAUGCUGCCGUUUCAGUUUUUCAGUCCAGUGCCUCCACCUUUGAUAGGUUCACCACCAGAAAGACAUUUGAUUGAGCAAGGUCAAGACCAUAGCAACGAAACCAAACAAGAUCUUCAGAUACCAUUUUCUGAAAGCAGUUUCUUAACUUCUAGUUCUGCACCAUUUCAAGUUGAAAAUGAGAGGAGCAUAAAUGGUCCAGAUGUCACUAAAACAGAAGAUGAUGCCCUUUUAAGUGAUUCCAGUUCACAUAAUACAGCAGCCAAGCUUGAAAUGACAGCACUAUCUCCAGAAAACAAAAUGAAAUCUGUUGAAAAAAAUGCUGGGCCAAGGAAAGGGCGUGUCUUCUGCACUGCAUGUGAAAAAACAUUUUAUGACAAAGGUACUUUGAAAAUACAUUACAAUGCUGUUCAUCUGAAGAUAAAGCACAAGUGCACCAUUGAGGGCUGCAAUAUGGUGUUUAGCUCAUUGCGUAGCCGAAAUCGUCAUAGUGCAAAUCCUAACCCCAGACUCCAUAUGCCAAUGAACAGAAAUAACAGGGAUAAAGAUCUAAGAAAUGGUUUGACCAUUGCUGGACCUGGAGAUAGUAAAAGGACAGAAUUCACAAUUUUAACUCCAGAUAGCAGAACUAUUUCCAGCUAUGCCAGCUCUUGUACAGAUUUAAAAGGCCAGGCUGGAUUUUCCAGUAUUGGACAUAACGGUGUCCUCUUUCCAAACCUGAAGACAGUACAGCCUGUUCUUCCUUUUUACCGUAGUCCAGUCACACCAGCUGAGCUUGCCAAUACUCCGGGUACUCUUCCUUCUCUGCCUCUCGUUUCUUCCUCAAUACCAGAGCAGCUUGUUUCCAAUGAAUUGCCAUUUGACAUGCUCCCCAAGAAGAAAUCUCGUAAGUCGAGCAUGCCCAUUAAGAUAGAGAAAGAAGCUGUUGAGACACCCAAUGAAAGUAGCGAUGUUGCCAGUUCUGAAGAUGAUUCACGUCUGCAGGGGGUAAGCGAUGGAGAGCUUGAGACCUCUGAGCAUAAGAUAGAGAAGCGGGUGACCGACAGGGUGGAAAAGCUCCCCCAUUCAGGUAAUUCAUGGAAAUCUCUCUCUGGGGUAGAGGGCCCAAAGUAUUUUGAAUCGGUCUUUGCGCCAAAUAACAAAUACAUCGAGGAUAUCUCUGAGAAUGAAUUGCAGCACUGUGAGAAAGAGGUUAAACCAGAAGAAAACCAACCAUUAAAAAUAGUUUCCCAUGAGAUUAUAUAUGAAGAUCCAAAACACCACCACAGUGAUGUUAUAAAACCAAUGACUGAACCCCCCAUGUAUAUUAAAGAGCAGUCAAAGCACAGGAUUCCUAAAAAUGACUGCCCUGAAUUGCAACACCACUUGCUGACUGGGGGCUUUUUCAGCACUUUGUCAAACAGGGGUGCUGCCAUUCCUUGUUUUGAAGACUCUAAAGAUAUGGAUCAUGUCAGUCAACAUGCACUAGGGAUUCAGAAGGAAGAAAGCCGCUUUCAUUGCGACAUCUGUAAGAAGACUUUUAAAAACCCUUACAGUGUAAAAAUGCAUUUCAAAAAUGUACAUCUCAAAGAAAUGCAUAUUUGCACAGUUGAGGGCUGUAAUGCUGCUUUCCCUUCUCGUAGAAGUCGAGACAGACAUAGUUCAAACCUAAAUCUUCAUCAUAAGCUUCUGACUAGAGAUACACUGGAAUUCAACAACCAUUUCAAUGCAACAUACCUCUUGAAAGACAUGGCUAAGGAGUUUUGCCAGGAUGUCUCUUUAAAACAACACGUUGGACAUACUUCUGUAAUCUUCAAAGGAAUGAACAGAACAGGCAGCUACGUUUUUCCAAUGAGCAAAAUUGCAGAACCCUGUUCUGAGAGUUAUGGAUACGAUCCAUUAAAUGAUGGAGCUGUUCUGGACCUAAGCACUACUUCCAGUGUUAAAUCUGAGAGCAGUGCUCAUUCUUCUUGGGAUUCUGAUGGAGGAAGUGAAAUAUGCACCAUGCCCUUGGAUGAUAGUGAUGAAAGCUGUGAAGGACCCAGCCUAAUGCCCAAUGAUGAACUAUACCAAGACUGUACUUUAAUUGAGAAAGCUAAUCACAACUUUAUGAAUUUACCUUCCAGUUUGCCAAUAACUUGUCAUAUAUGUCAAAAAACAUACAGUAAUAAAGGAACUUUCAGGGCUCAUUACAAAACUGUGCAUCUCCGCCAGCUCCACAAAUGCAAAGUCCCAGGUUGCAACACAAUGUUUUCAUCUGUUCGCAGUCGGAACAGGCACAGUCAAAACCCCAAUCUGCACAAAAGUCUGGCUGGGUCACCAACUAGCUUACAGUAAGAUCAGACUGAUCUUAAUUUAUUUCUGCUAAGAAUUAAUCAUUUCAAUUAAAGAAUGUGUUAACAUGAGUUUUAUUUAAGUUUAUUUGACUUCUAGCUUAUUCAACAACCAUAGUCAAAUUCUUUUCUCCUGUGUGUGCUCUCCAGCAAGUUUCAGUUAGCAAAGCUUGGUGCUGUAGUUUUUGUGCAAUUGUUUGAUUUGAUGUUGAACAGCUAAAACUUCUGUAAGGAAAACACCUUAGAAAUGGGGGAAAUACGGAGACAUUAACUCAAGUGUUUCUGAUACCUGUGAAGUAUUACUUGCCACAAUAGGAGCUUCAAAUGACAACAUUCAUUGCUUGUAUUUACAUGUUAAAUGGGUUGUUGUGUUGUGUAAGAAAUGAGUAAUGAUUGGGGUGAGUAUCCUCUUGUUGGGUUGAGAAUCUUGAGGCUACCAUUUCGUUCCUGAGACCUUAGACUGAAGUUGACUUGCAGUGUUAGUAGAAUAGAAUAUAUGUACUUAACUAUAUCCCCAAAUCCAAAGAAGAAAAUACAAAUUUGAGAAAACUGAAUAUAGUCCAAAUCUUCUGAAAAUCCUGCAGUCCUUACUCUUUAAUGUUAUGUUUCACUUCAGUGAAGAUUAGAGUGUUUUGCAUUUCUCAGAAUUUAAUACCAUUUGCUUUGCAGGAAAAGGGGCUACUUUACUUGUGGGCAGAAAAGCCUGAAUAAAUCUGAGACAUUCUGAUAAAUUGUGGUGGUAGAAAGAAUGAAUAGGCUAAGCUACAAUUUCUAAACUACAGCAAAUGCAUCCAUAAAAUUAGAGGGAAAGUAAGCCCUUUAAAUUAAAAUGCAC